AUGGUCUCGGAGCCUGCGUGCAAGGAGUACCAAGCUCAGGUCGCGGCGAUGGAAGUUUCUACGGAGGCCGCCUAUCAGGAACUUGCCCGGCGCCGGGAGGAGGUGAUCGCCAGCUUGGGCAGCUGGUGCCAAGCACUCAAGGCGAUCCGAGCACCACAGACUGCGCCCCUCGAGGCCGACGGUGACCCGAAGGAGACCUCGCAGCUGCAGUCCCACCUGCGAGACGCGCUCUUCGUGGAGAUCUGCAACGCAUUGGCUUUCCCCGGCGCCGCGGCGCUGGCCAAGCCGGCGACACCUACGAAGGUUGUGAGCCAGCGACAAGUGUCCACGAGCGCUGCAGUGGUCUCUGUUCGCACGCCGCGAACACCACAGAAGCCAAGCCCGAGAGGCUCCCGCGAGUCUUUGAGCUCCCGGGCCACGUCUCUCACACCGCGGCCAAGUCCGCUCUCGGCGCUGGGCCGGAAGGACGCUCGGCCGGUGCAGCCCUUGGUGCCACGACAAAGGUGUCCCCCAACGAACAAUGUGCCAGAGAAGCGGCCGACGGGACGGAUAGAAAGGACGAGCGAGCGUCCCGUGGUUACCCGAUCCCAGCAGUUCCAGAUGCCUGCCUUUGCUGGAGUUCGACGCAGCUCCAGCCCGCGAAACUCCUCUCAGCCGCUUUCUGCCCGAAGUUCCUCGCUGCGGUACUGCGACAUGGCUUUCGAAGGCACCAUGGUUCAGAAUUUACGCAGUAGCAGUAUCUCAGUAUUGGAGGAGACGGCAUGGGUGAUCACUGGUGGCGGUGGUGGCGUGACGGCAGAAAUGUUGCCGCAUGGCGCCCAGAAAGAGCUCACAUGGGACAUGUGCCGUGCAAUCCCAAUACAUUUCGCUCGGUGUGCUGCUUGCAGGUCGACCAACGGCCAAGACGAUGCCUAUGGCUUCAUGGACCCGCAUGCAUUUUGGGGCGUCUUUGCGGUGCGUCAACGUCUCCUAGCCUCGGGACAUCUCGGGACUCCAGGUGUGGCAAGAGCACUUUCGUCUGAAGUGAAGAGCCCGCUCGAGUUGGGGCCAGCCACGAGCGGCCAUCUCCCUCGAGAAGAUCGAGAUCACCGCCAUCUCCCACGGCGGAGUCGUGCGAAGCAAGACCGCUGGUCUUUCUCAUCCCUUUUUUCCUGCCAUGGUAGCAAGUCAUACUUGCGCGAUACUAUGUGA